AUGAAUCCAACUUUUCGAAUUGGACCCAGCUCCACGGAAACCGUGGAUGAAUACCUCGCGAAGACUAGGGUAUCUGAUGUCACAAUUACGAAUAAUCGCAAUGCGUCCAUCAACCUGCCUCCCAAGCCCCUCCAACGGUUCUUCCUGCGAACAUUACUUCUUAUAGUUGCCCCGAUCACCGUCACAGGGCUUUACCUUGCGGUUUGGCUUUACUUCAUGGUAUUCAACGAGGGCGAUUUAAAGUAUGCUAACAUUGACCACCAAUGGAUCUUUUACGCUUGGUUUGCGGUUGCUACCUUUGGCUUGAAUUGGUCAAAGGAUGGUCUUGCUGGUAUCGAGGUUGCGAUGCUCCGAACACCGUAUUGGCAGGCUCGUAAUGAUACGGUCCUCAUGAUGCACAUGCAAAAUCACUGGGGCGGGCCUGCCGGUUGGAUUCACUGGGCAUUACAUAUUAAAUCCCGGGGGAAAUUAUAUUUUCCUAAACUUUUUACCUUGCUGUCGUCUGUCAGUGUUCUGAUAGUCAUCGGCCUACCACUUUCAGGUCUGACGCUCAACAUAACUGAAGGCUUCGUCGCGUCUUCAACAUCCCCACUUGUCAUUGGUCGCAUGAAAGAGAACUUCUAUGACCGAAAAUCAGACGACUUGCUUGACUCACUGCUCAAAAGCUGGAUCAUUGGGUCUUUUCCAAUAGUUCCCGGGUAUGGGAUCUUGUAUACGCCAAAGAACGUCUCGCGGAGCGACUACGAUAAUCUUGAUAGGUUUCCCAAUACCCUACCUUUGACCAAAAGCAUACCGGAAAUAUUCUUGGCUCCCCAGGCAGAAUAUCCAAUAGCGGGGAGGCCUUGGGGUCUUCGAGCCACCUACAAUUGCUCUAUAGUAGAAGAUGUUUCGACCUUUACUAUCUUAAACGAAAGGCCAUCAGCAUUUCUUGAUUUGCAAGAGCUUAAUUAUGCUUUUAAGAAAGACAAUCGCGCCCUCAAAACGCCAUCUGGGGGCUCAAUUACUCCGUUUUUCACUUCGGGCAGUGUUGGACCUAGUGUGUAUCUUAACACUUACGCUGAGAUUGGGAGAAUUGAAGAUCGUCCCGACAGGGACGUGGAUUACGGCUCCUAUUGGAAGGAAGUCUAUAAUGGGUCAGAUAUAUACUACAACAAUCACAAGGGUGUUUUGGAGUACGCACUGUGGCAGAUCCGCCGACAGAGCUCCUAUAAUGAGACUCAGUACAGGCCCGGCUACAAAUUCAACGAAACACUAGAGCCAACAAUCAAGGGGAUGUCACGCCCAACAUUUAAGCAUGCUAACGGAACGUGGGUCCGGAAUACAACCUUCUUUCGGAUCAAUACGAAGAGCGCUACCGAUGGCCCUAUUGAUGGAACUGCAGAUCUUGGAGAAUAUUUUCGUUUUGGUGGAUUUCCCGAUGGAGAAUUCGCUCCAUACAUUAUAUCGGUCAUGGACCCCAUUGGGGUUCGAUGCGAGUAUACUUCCGCGGUUGGUACAGCCAAGUUAGAACCCGAGACAUCUUCCUUCAGUUCAUUUGUUCCUGAGCCCCCAUCUUGGGAUGUUACCCUCAACAGAAACACUCCCCUUGGAUACUCCGCCGUAGAGGUCCUAGGGGGCACAAUUGCUGGAAUAUUCACUUCUACGGGCGCCCCGCCCCCCGUGACGAUUUCUAACACCGAGCUCUACGAAUCCUUUGUCCAACCGCGGGUCUUGUUGAAAUCUAUCAUGCUCUUCUUCGGUCUCGACGCGUUGCAUCUCAUGUACGACAGCGCCAAUGGGUUCGAGGGGGGCUGGCGAAACGAGAAUUUGACUUCGUCGACGAAAGGAAAUAUUAUUACACCAGGAGUCGUUCCUCCCUCCAUUCUACUUAUCUUCUUUGUCCCAUGGACUAUUAUAUCUCUCAUAUUAGCGGCGUCUUAUGGGUUCCGCCCGAGGUUGAGUGACAAGCUGGAUUUUCACAGUAUAGUCCAACUUAGAGAAGAGCUUGAGGAUAGGCCGGUUGUGAUGAUAUGA